AUGCCAUCCCCUGAAGUGACGGGUGGCUCACUGCCCUCAGAGCAAUCAUUCGGGGACCCUCAGUCGGGUGUCCAGAACAGCUCUGGCGCGUCGGACACGGGCGAACAAGGUUCAGACAACAUCGACCUUGGGACAAGCCGAUCAACAAAUGGUCAUACGCCAGAUACAAUCGCAGAGGGAAAGCAAAGCGCAAAGGCUAUGCUUGCUGCUUCCGGGGUGUCAGCCUCGUCGGAACCUGGCAGUGAGGUUUCCAAUGGCACGCCCCGUUCUAAUGGGACGCAUGGUUCCGUAAGAAAGAGAUCUCAUGAUGGAUCUGCUGUUCAAUCCACAGAGGUCUCCGGAACCAUGGCCGUACGCGCCCGCGAAACGCCACUGGAUAAGAUUCUCCUGGAGCAGUACGUUGAUCGCGAAUUCCAGCAGUCGGCCGCAGCUGCCUGGAAAAAUCCGAGUCAAGAGUUACAAAAGAAUAAGCGAGCGGAACGCGACUUCUAUUUGGCAGUGCGACGCGAAAAUCAGUUAAACCCAGCAGCAUUGUAUGGCGUGGGCUAUGAAGGAUUCGGAAACCCCCGUACCGACCUUCGCAAUCAACACCCUCAACUUCUCUACCCAACUCAUCGACGACGUCCCGGAAAUAGAAAGACGCGAGAACUACGCAUUUCACGACGUGACGCAAAGACGCAGAAUGAACAGAUUGAGGAUCUGGUCCCUAUUCGCUUGGAUAUUGAUUGGGAGAAAGUCAAGAUUCGCGAUACUUUCACGUGGAACCUUCAUGAUCGUGUUGUGUCUCCGGAUUUGUUCGCUGAGAAGCUGGUGGAAGAUAUGGGUCUUGCGGUAGAAAGCUCAGUUCCUCUGACGAGAAUGAUCUCCCAAAGCAUCCAGGAGCAGGUGAUAGACUAUUACCCGCAUCUUAACAUACACGAAGACCCUCUUGAUCCCCAACUACCCUACACCGCGUACAAAAACGACGAGAUGCGCAUUUCGGUCAAACUCAACAUCACUAUUGGCCAACACACUCUCAUCGACCAGUUCGAGUGGGAUAUUAACGAUCCCAAUAAUUCCCCGGAAGAAUUUGCGUUAUGUAUGACGGAUGAUUUAUCGCUCUCUGGUGAAUUCACUACCGCCAUCGCCCAUUCAAUCCGCGAACAGUCCCAACUUUUCACCAAAUCCUUAUACAUUGUCGCUCACCCAUUCGAUGGCCGUCCAAUCGAAGACCCAGACCUCCACACCUCAUUCCUCCCCACUCCUGUGGCUUCUGCCUUCCGACCAUACCAAUCCGCCAAAGAGCAUACGCCCUAUCUUUAUGAGUUGAAUGAGGCCGAUCUUGAACGUACCGAAAUCUCAAUAUCCCGAGAGCAACGUCGUCAGAAACGGUCAAUCAACCGUCGUGGUGGCCCUGCUUUGCCAGAUCUCAAGGACCGCCAACGCACGAUACGCACCAUGAUUGUUUCAUCCGUGAUACCCAACUCAGUGGGCUCUCUCGAUGAAAGCAAUGUGAUCAAGCGUACCGGUUCCAGUCGCCGUCGUGGAAUGACUGGAAACCGGGGCGAUGAUGACUCAGACGAGUUUGAUAGCGACGACUCCUCUGUUGACUCUCCUGCGAUUGGACCCAACCUCGCACAGGGCACUGCUCGUACUAGAGGCAUGAGAGGCGCGGCAUCUGCAGCCCAUGCGGCGCUUCGCGCCAGCCUUGGACAGUCUGCCACCCCUGAACCGGUGUACCAUGAGCCCCGAGUCUCGGCCCGAAGACAGCAAUACCGAGAAGAGAGUGUGGAUGACUCUGAUAAGUUGAUAGUGAGAUUCAAGAUUUCGCGCGACAAGCUGGUCGAUCUGAGAAACGGGAGGCGCAUUGUCUCCAGCGGACAAGCAUCACGCACGAUGGCACCUCCGUCUGAUAAACAGUCCCGACUUCAUCCUCCCCCGCGACCCCAACAAACCGGUGCUGUUGAUGCACCAAACCCUCCGCAGCCUGGUGUAUCUGGCCCCCCACCACCCAACUGGCUGGCAGCUGGUCUCAGCAAGUUGAAACAAUCUCACCCCAACGAUUCCUUCGAAGGCGUGAUGCGUUAUUCCGCCGUUGAUACCGAAACCCUGGCCCCCGUGACGAAUCCCAACAACCUCCAGGCUGGCCAAAAUAUCAAAUACCAAUACCUCCCCCGUAUUCGUUGCCACGACUGCCCCGGAAAGCUCUACACUCCCGGCCCGGGCAUGACAGUGGACAAUUUUGAAGUCCAUCUGCGCAACCGGCAGCACAAGGAGCGGGUCGAAGAGCGGCUCACAAAGACUGGUGGCGGUGGUACCAACUCCGAUGGCGGAAGUGCGAGUGCCAGCCCUAGGAUUCCGGCCAACGCAAGUCCAGCUCUCGGGACUGCAGCCUCUCCCUCUCCAGCCAGUGGGUCUCAGCCAUAG